UCAGCUACCAACCAGCAGCGGUCAUGGCGGUGUCUUUGGGGUGGAUGUGGUCCCUGGCGGUGGUGGUAGGCUGGUGUCUGCGGUCAACCCACACUCUCAACUGGGGGCCCGCCGUAUGCAACAUUGCUAAUGUUGACAGACAGUGGCUGGAGAAGCUGUGUGGCGAGUCUCUGAAGGAGGUCAGCGCCAGUGUGGGGGUCCUGCAGGAACACCUGGACAGAGUGAUGUCCUUCGUCGAUCUCAUCGAGAGACGGGAAGACACCGGGCUGACCACCUCCACCGGAGCAGAUUCGCUGGUGAGUGAUCUGUCGAACGGGAUGAAGCCACAAGAUGCUCCGGUGAUGCUUGGACAGAAUGCCGUUGCGAAAGAUGAAACUACUAAAGUAGAGGGAGAAGAGAAGGAAGAAAAGGAAGCAGAAAAAGUAGAAGGGAAGGAAGCAGAAAAAGUAGGUUGGAAGGAAGCAGAAAAAGUAGAAGAGAAGGAAGCCGUGAAGGAAGAAGAGAAAGUAGAAGUAAUGAAGGCAGAGGAAGUAGAAGAGAAGAAAACAGAUAAACGAGUGAAAGAAGAUCAAGAGGAAGAGAAAGGAGGAAUGAAGGAAGACCAAGAUAAAGCAAAGGAAGGGGAAAAUGGAGGAGUAAAAGAGAGAGAAAAUGAAGAAGAGAAGGGAGGAGUGAAAAAAGAAGAGCAAGAUAAAGAAGAGAGACUCAGACAUGAUGGUAGAAAGAAACACGUUGACACGGAUCCUAAAAAAGGGGAGUGCGUGGUCCAGGUGACCAACAACCACGAGACUAUCGGCAUGUUCUACAUGAUGUCUUACAACCACGGCCACUGUUCCAACCGCCACCCAAUCACCGCCCCCAUCCGCUACUGCCUCGGCUACUGUCAGUCCCGGUCCUUCAUAGAGCGUGAAGACGCGAGCUGGAGUCAAGGAAAUCACUGUCGCAGCUGCAAGCCACUGAACGUCGAGACAGUUCGAAUCCCUCUGGCCUGCGAUGACGGCUUCACCUUCGAAAAAGCAUUCGAGAACGUCGUUGACUGCAAAUGUCGGAGAUGUGAAGCAUUUCAUAAUUAAAGUUGCAAUGUGCGCUACCUCAUCACUGUACCUGCGCCAAACUUACUCUGAAUUAACCUGGUCGUCGUGGGUUCGAAUCUCGCCCGAGAGAGGUUCAUGGCUGUGUUCACACUGCUGUUAUGUGUACGCUCAGUUUUAAAGGAAUUAUGUCAUUGCGGCUCUGGCCUGAUCUUCGUCGAAGGCUACACUGUGAUACUGAUCAAUUCUCUGCGAAUCUAUUUAGAUUAGUGACAGCUAGGAAAUCCCGUUUUUCAUUGUUGCUAAGAUUCAAAAGAUUAUUUCCAAUAUUCUUCCACA